AUGUCAGUAGUUAGUUUAAGCGUUCGUUUUAUAAAUAAAGGCUAUGCUGUUGGAGAGAGGUUACAAGGUUUUCUCCUUAUUAAUGUAACAAAGAGGGUAAUUGUUAAUCAAUUACAUUUUAACUUAAUUGGCGAAACUAUUUUGUCAAAUAAUGCUUCAGACAAAAAAGCAAUCAAAACAGUAACUAAAUUUUUUACUUCACGUGAUUAUCCUCCAUUGGCAGAACAAUCUAACGUUUCUUGUGAACCAUUUUAUCAUGAAUAUUUUCCAGGUACCCAUGCAGUACCAUUUUCAAUUAUCAUUCCUAUUGUCCCACAUCCUUCUUUACACCUUAAGGGGGAAGUUGGAGUAAGGUAUCGAUUACAAGCAACAUUACAAAUUGUUCCAUUGAAAAUAAAAGAAGAUUCGGAGAAGACAAUGGCAUUAUCAACAUUUACAUCAUCAAACGAAGUACCAAUUAUUUAUUGUAUUAAAGAUGUUUUUGAUGUAAAGAAGCCAGAAGAAGUAUACAACAGAGACCAAGUAUUAGUAAGAAUGAGAUGUACACCUGGAAUUAAACCUAAUGAACCUAUUAAAGUAUUUGUUACAAUUAGUAAUAAUACAGGGAAACCAUUAAAACCAAUUAUGUUAUGGUAUUCAGAACAUAGUUAUAGAGAAACGUAUAUUACUUCAAAUGGUGGUAUUCAAGAAUUAGAUGAAAUACCUAAAUUAUUACAGAAAGAAUUUAUUUUAGAAUCAACUAAUUUAUUUCCAACAAUAAAAGAAGAUGACUUUAUUGUGGAGUCUUAUGUUGAAAUAAGAAUUCAAUUAAAGAAAAAGCCUACUAUUAUAGUUAAGUUUCCUGUUACUGUAGGAUGGGGUAAAAGUACCUUUGAAGGAAAUCGUGCACGUGCUGCAUUAGAUGGUAUUGAUUUUUCAAAAGACAAAAUAGCAUUUUAUGGAACGCAUAUGAGACCCACACCAAAUUGUGAAAGUGUUAUUCAAAAAGUUGACGUAGAGGGUAUUCCAGUUUAUAUAAAUCAUCUUUGGAGAAAGUGUUAUGGAGAUGAGUCAUGUAAGAAUUAUUUAAAUAUUAGAUAUCCGUUACCUGAAUGUAAAAGACUACCAAAAGGAUGGGGAAUUGGAAUGGACAGAGGAGAAAUGUAUUUUAUUAAUUGGAAUAAAAAAUAUACUACAUGGAUAGAUCCUAGAAGUUUUGAAGAACGACAAAUAAAAGUACAAAAUAUACAAAUAACUCUUAUCAGAGGUAUGAACUUUCCAACAUUAAAAGGAAAACAAACACAAUUUUGGUGUGUUGUUACUGAUAAAGAUAAUAAUCAAAUUAAAAGUGGUAAAUCUACUAAAUCCAUUGACCCUAUUUGGGAGGGAGAUGAAAACACUUUCUUAGUUCAAUUAGAAGAAAAUAGAGAAAACGUUGUGAUUGGUUUCUUCGGUUCUAAAAAAUUUGUAGGAGCAGUUGAUUUACCAUUGUGGAGAGUUGUUGAAAAUGGAAUUGAAGAAUGGUUCCAAUUAAAAAAUUUUGGAGAUUUUAGUAUCCCUCAAACUGGUGAAGUACUUUUAAGAAUUCAAUGGGAAGGGGAUGUACUUCCUGUACAACCAGAAAAGGUAUUAAUGAGAUUUGACCCAUAUUAUUGUAAUACUGAAGUAACAAAAGAACAAGAAAAAUUUAUAAAUAAAAUUAAAGUAAAAGAGCAGAUGGAUAACGUAACAUUUAAAACAAGUGGUGAUUUUAUUACAGGAAAGAAAGAAAUUUAUUUGGAAAGUGGAAUUUCAGAAAAUAAUAUUAUUAUGGGUAUUGCUCCAAAUUAUGACGUUGACUUAGUUGGAAGUAAAAAAGAAGAAGAGAUAUUUGAUAUUCCUGAAGACGAAGAAAUUGUAGUUGAAGAAUUACCUUCAGACUUAAAUACUAAAAAAGUAGAAGAUAUGAAAAAAGGAGAAAUUAGUUCAAGUAGUGCAAUUGAAAGUGAAACUGAAGAAUGUAAAAAUGAAUUAAUGUCAAAUACUAACCCUAAAAGUUCAUCUGAAACAGAAAAAGCAAUUGAAGUUGCAAGAGAAGAGUCAACAAAGAGUAUAGAAACUAAUAACAAAGACUUACAAAAUACAGAAAUAAAACAAAACGAAAAAGAAGAAACUACAAUAAUACAUCAAGGAGAUAUCGAAGUUCAUAAAACACAUGAAAUUGUUAAUGACGAACCCCAAAAGGAAUGUGAGGAAAAUUUAAUUAAAAAUGAAGAAGAAUCAGUCAAUAAUAAAUUAUUAGGAACGAAGAGUGAAAUAGAUAAACAAACCCAAGAAAAUAUAUCAGAUAAUAAAACAGAAAAAACUCUUCCUAAUACCGAUGAUAUUAAGGAAGUGUUUGAUCAAGUAAGUCAGCCAGAAUUAAACAAUAAAGAGGAUAAACAAGUUUUGGAAUUAAAGGAAGAAGUUGUAAAAAAUCCUCAAGAAAAAGAAGAAUUAGUUCGGUCAUCAAACAAAGAGAAUGGUUUACAAGAUACUACUCUCCCAAGUAAAAAUGUUAUUAUGACUAAAGAAGAAACAGAAACAGACCAAAUUCAAAACGAUAACAUUGGUCAAGAAGACGAAGAUGAAGAAUUAGUUGAACUAAAAAAAAUUGCUCAAAAAGCAAAAGAGUAUGAACAAAAAAGAAAAGAAGAAAAAGAAAGAAAGAAACAACAACAAAGACCACAACAACUACAAAAAGAAAAGUCUAUUAAGGACAUUAUUCAAUUAAAUGAAAUGAUUACACAACGUGAAAAAGAAGAAGACGACAAAAAAGAAAUGAUUAGAAAACAAGAGGAAGAAAGAAUUAAGCAAGCUCAAAAAGAACAAGAAGAAAAAGAACAUCAAAUCAUUGAAGAGGAAAUGAAGAGACAAGAAGAAAAAAUAAUAAAACAAAAGAAAGAAGAAGAGGAAUGUAAAAAGAAAUUAGAGGCUGAAAUAGAAAUAGAAAAACAAAGAAAACAAGACAAAGAAAAGAGUAGAAUAGAAGAAGAAAAGAAUGAAGAAUUAAAAAUAGUCCAAAAAGAAAAGGAAGAAGAAGAGUAUAAUAAAAGAAUAAAACAAGACUCAGAAGAGAAUGAAAGAAAACAAAAGAAAGAAGAAGAGGAAAAAAUUCAAAAAAAGAAGGAAGAAGAGGAAGAGAAACAAAGGUUGAAUGAAGAAAAGAAAAAGAAAGCAUUAGAAGAUCAACAGAAGAAAGAAGAACGAAGAAAACGAAAAGAAGAAAAGAAACAGGCACAAAAAAUAAAAGAGGAAGAAGAAAGAAAGAAAAAACAAGAGAUGGAAUCAAAAGCGGCUUCAUUUGGUGUUGUUGACCAAAUGAAUUUCACCAAUUCAGAGAAAGAAUUAUUAGGACUAAUUUAA